CUUGAGCAAGUUAUUAAUUAACCUAUACUUACCUUCAUGAGUUUCUUCUCUUUCCACCAUCUCUUUUUGUGAUUGCAUAAUUAUAAUCUUGAAUAGUAUUCUUUUCUUUUUUGUGUUCAUUCUUACUAUAAAAUGAUCCAUCUAAUAUUCAUUAUUGAGGAUUUCCAGUUCAAUUUUCUAAUCCUUUUUAUAUUUAUAAUUUUCUAACUGGUUGAAGAUGUGUUUUCUACUUUGUGCUUAUGAAUAUGAUGAUUUACAGUGUUUAAUUUGAAUAUUUAUAUAUAUAUAUUUUAUCUGUGCUUAUGUAAUAUUUCACUUCAUCAUAUAUAUGAUGUAGUACUUUAAUUUUUUGGUGAUUGAAGAUACCAAUGUAUUAUUCUGUCACUAAUUUGUUCUUUUCCAACAAACCUAUGAAAAGCCUGAAUAAGGAUAAAAUUUCAAGAAAAAGUUUAUUAAUUGUAACACCCUGGUUUUAUUUGCAUAUUCUUUUAUACAUAUAGAUAUAGUAAAUGUAUAUCUUCCUCCACCCUCACAGUUAAUUCCUUUAUGAUGAUAAUUCAGUAACUUUCUUUAGGUGUUUCAGAGAAAGUACUUAACAGGUUCAUUGUGUAGAUCUGAGUCUGACAUAUCUGUCAGAAAUUUGAUUCAAAGCUUCAAGGUUGAGUAGAGAUGUUGGUUUGGUUGCAUUCUUUUUAUUAAAAUUCUUGGCUUUUUUAACCUACUAUAGUACUAUUACUCUACUAUGAUUCUUUAAUUGUUAUCAUAUCUCACUGUUACUUUUUUUUCAUUGCUAGUUAAUUACUGUCUACUUUUUUACAAUCACUCACACUGUUCCUUUUAUUAAUGCUUAGUACUUUUUUGUUGUAGAGAUAUAUCCUACUACUCUACAACCUGUUCUCAUCCUUUUAUUAAAUUCUUGUUCAUUUUGCCAACUUUUUGUUUCAGACUUGAAUAUAUAUAGUUACAAACAAUAAUAAAGUAGAAUAUUUGAAGUUGGAGAGAAAGAAGUAAAAGAAGAUGUCAGAUGGAAAUGAGAAUGAGAAAAGUGGGAAGAGUACUAAUGAGGAAAAUGUUGGUUGUGAGGAUACUUCAAUGGGAUCUUCACAGCUUAACUUUGAUUUGAAUGAAGAAGCUAGUAGUGAUCAAGAUGAUAUUAAUUAUAUUGAGAAUGAGAAUGAUGAAGCGAAUGGCGAUGACGACGAUGAUGGUGGUGAUGAGAAAGCAAAGGAUGAUGAUGAUGAUGAUGGAAGUUCAAGUUCAACAAAAGUUAGAAGUAGUGGAUCAAAUGAAAGAAGAAAUGGUGUAAGACAAUAUGUUAGAUCAAAGAUGCCUAGGCUUAGGUGGACUCCUGAUCUUCAUCAUUCAUUUGUGCAUGCUGUUGAAAGACUUGGAGGCCAAGAGAGAGCAACACCUAAAUUGGUACUUCAACUAAUGAAUGUGAGAGGACUCAGCAUUGCUCAUGUCAAGAGUCAUUUGCAGAUGUACCGGAGCAAGAAACUUGAUGAUGUUGGACAAGUAUUAAGUCCAACACACAGAUUAACACAUGAACUAGGUCAUGUAGCUCAUCACUCCAUGAUGCCUCAUCAACAUUUCAAGAUGGCAAAUGGUGGAAUUGUUCUAGAAACCAAUUACAACCAGCACAAUUAUAAUUUUCACACUCUCUUGCAUUCACAUUCAAAAGCCAUCAAUUCAAGGAACCAACAAUGGUACUUAAAUCAUCAAUCUUUAAGACCAAGCUAUGUGAGCAAUGAAGUUGUCUCUUCAACCGCUUUACAUGGAAGAUCGUCGAUAGCUCCGAACCAGCAGAUUACUCAAGUUAUGGAUACUAGUUUGAAUACCACACUUGCUCCAAUGAGACCAAGCCAAUUUCUUGAAGAGAAAAGGUGGCCUCCAUUAGAUAUCAUGAGCAAUAAUCAAUAUUGGAAGAAAAAUUUACAUACUAAUGUUUCCACUUUUGGCUCCACUACAACAACAUCACUUAGACCAGUUGAAGUGAGCUUUGGAAACAACACAAGGAUCAGAGAAAAUCUAUUAAAACUCAAUGAGUAUCAUAGUUCAUCAAAGGUUGAAUUCGAUUCGCCAUUCCGGAUUAAGAUGAAUCAAGAAAAAUUGCAAAAAGAGAAAAAAUGGUUGCCUGAUUUGCAACUGAGUUUAAGCCAAACAAAUGGCAACAGUGAUGAUAAGAGUGAUGGUUUGAGAGAAAAUAAAGAAAUCAACACAAAACUCUCACUUUCUUAGAAUGAUUCAUUUAUUCAUGUCAAUUAUAAUAUGCAAAUACAACAACCUAGCUAGCUAGUUGAUCAUAAAGGUGUGAGAGAUGAUGUUGAUACUAAAAGAAAGUUACUCAAUAUUGCAUUGAUGGUACAAUGCCAAUUGUUGGGUUGCCAAUACAUACUAGUACUAUUUGAUUAGGAGGAUGAGCUUAUUUACAAUAUUCAUUUUUCAAAGCAUUAAUUAUUUUGGUAAGAAAAAUAAAUUAAUAGGAUUAUAAGUGGUGGAGUGGAGCUUGAUUGAUUUUAUAGUUUACCAAAUUCUUACAAACAAUUUAUUGGUGCAGUGAUAUUUUUGUAUGAAUUUUAUCCUCUAUGGGUGUUCAAGUCUUGUCUAAAACAUUUUUAAAAAUCAUAUACAAAAUUUUAAACCUUAAUUUAAACUCUCAUGUGCUUCAAA